GGCAGCACAAUGGGCGUGGUUUUUACUACGUUUACUCGACAGUACGGGAAACCCCGAAUUAUGGACAUUUUGGGUCAUUCUGAGACUAAAUCUUUAUAAAUAGUGAAUGAACUGCAGUAUACGAGACUCCUAAAACGCUGGGGAUAAAUCCUCUUCUUCAAUCGUGAGACCAGCGGACCCAUGCAGCGAGCCUGACCCCUGAACCCAGAUCCAGCCUCCGAAGGCUCCCACCGGCGCCAUGGACGGAUGGAGCCCGAUAGCCAGCACGGCGUCGGACCACGAUCGGUCGAGCAGCGAGGGCGAGUACAUGGUGGAGCCCGGGGAAGCCCCUCCGCUCGACGGGGAGGAGGAGCGGAGGAGAGGCGGGGAGACGGUGAUGAUGAUGGCCGGGGGGACCACGACAACCACCACCACCACUUCCACCACGACCACUGGGUUCUGCCUGGGUGGGAUCUCCGGGGGGAACAACAUGGUGUUGGGUCGAACCGGACCGGCGGCUCAGUCCGAGCUCCGGUACCUGCACCUGCUAUGGGAGCCGGGGAGGACCGACCCCGGGUCAGGGGUCGCCAGCAAUAAGCUGGGGAAGGUGACCGGGGGCAGAGCCCGGCGGCUCGGCCGAGCCUCCAGGAACCUCAGCCCCAUUGGGAGGGAUUUAUACGCUAUGAAGAGACUCCGAGAAGCAGCCAACGGCAACGAUAUAGAUACGGUGCGUAACCUCCUGCUCGAGGACAUCGACCCGUGCGCUGCAGACGACAAGGGGAGGACCGCGCUCCACUUCUCCUCCUGCAACGGCAACGAGAGCAUCGUGAAGCUGCUCCUGAGCCACGGAGCAGACCCCAACCAGAGGGACGGACUGGGUAACACCCCCCUCCACCUGGCCGCCUGUACGAAUCAUGUGCCUGUAAUCACCACGCUACUGAGAGGAGGCGCACGUGUGGAUGCCCUGGAUCGUGCUGGGCGGACCCCCCUCCACCUGGCGCGCUCCAAGCUCAACAUCCUGCAGGACGGAGACUCCCGCAGCAUCGACACGCUCAGAGGGGAGGUCACUCAGAUCAUCCAGAUGUUGAGGGAGUACCUGAACCUGAUGGGUCACAGCGACGCCCGCGAGAGACUGGACCACAUCUCGUCCCGCCUCCAGCACACGCGCACCAAACAACAGGUGGACGAGGUGACCGACCUGUUGGCCAGCUUCACCUCUCUCAGUCUACAGAAACAAGACCUGGGAGAUAGGUAGAGACGUGUGUGUGUGUGUGUGUGUGUGUGUGUGUGUGUGUGUGUGUGUGUGUGUGUGUGUGUGUGUGUGUGUGUGUGUGUGUGUGUGUGUGUGUGUGUGUGUGUGUGUGUGUGUGUGUGUGUGUGUGUGUGUUGUCAGUUGUUCUUUGGAGGAAGUUUUAUUUUAUUUUACCAAUGUUUUUUUGGAUGAAGAUUGACUGACUGUUAAUGUUAACAAUCUACCUACCGUUUGUAAUUUAUAACAUGCUAUGGAUGGAUUUGAAGAUGCUUUGUUAUGUCAUAACUGUUUGUAAGUAAGUGGUUUAUCGCUCGUAAUGACGUACAAUCAAUUUUCACAUUAUGCUUUCAUGACAGUGUUGAUUUUUAUUUGUUCUGUAUUUCUAGCCAUUAUUUUACGAAAUUUGUAGUAAGGUUAUAACUCAUGGUGUAUUAUUUAUAAAGCAACAUUUGAGCAUCAAGCUCAUGACAGAUAUACGAACAGUGAAGGAAAAAACCCAAAAUAUUCUGAUGUCUUAACUCAAGAUAAUUCUGUUGAAGUAUUGUUGAUGGUUUUAUUUGAGGAUAUUCCAUAUAACGCCUUGUUUAAUGCCUUGCAUGGUACAUUAAGUGUGUUGUGUAAACUACUUGUUUAACUGUUUGUAUAUUGGCUUCAGUUCAAUAAAAACUUUGGAUAACCUUUGUAUGGAGAAAUACUGAACUUCCUCUAUAUGUGUCCCCGCACAAUUUGAACAUAAAUAAAGUUUGAACUUGUCCACGCUUUGUUGUACUUUUCGAUACCUUCUAAAUUUAUUUUAUUUACAUAUUAUACAAUUGACAACCAU